AACCCAGAUCAUGAGUGGGACAUACAGGUCUGUCUAAACACACUCCUUAGCCAUGGUGACCUUUGUCUUUUAGUCAAAUAACCAAAAGAAUUUAAAAGCAAAUCUAUAGUUUCUGAAGCUGAAAAAGUCCAACCCAAAGUCUUUCACCUCCCACACUUCGUCCUGCCCCUCCUCCUCCGUCACAUCAGACUCUGUUCUUCAUUCGGCACGAGACCAGAGACUUGGAGCUGCUCUUCAGCCUCUGUGGGUAUCGUUAUCAGUUCACCAUUAUCCGUUUAACCUCAGUGUUUAUUAUUCUGCCAGUUUUUUCUGCAGAAGCAGCAGCCUCAGAACAAGUAGCUGAGUUUGGUUUGGAAAAUAUUUUUCUGAGCUUACUUCAUGUUAGAAAAAUUGGGAGGGGGUUAAAUCUGUCUUUAAAUUGUCUUUUUUAACUAAUUUCUUAAUUGUGUCUUAGAUACUAACAGAGUAGAGAUCCUAUGUGAUGAGAGCUCUCACUCUGUCUCAUUUUUACUCCGUCUCUCAGACACAGUGAUGACGUUUGCAGCCAUCUGAUUGGUCAUCUGCUGAUAUGACAGCUCAGUCUGAAGCUUCCAGGAUCAACAUAAAGGUUGGCUCCGCCCCCUCACAAACUCUUUUCCAGUCUCCAAACCCAGCCCAUGAUGCCUGUCACCGGGUCACAAGUCCCUGUCUCUGGUUGGACGACUCAGGCCAUCAGUCGCUGAGCUCAGAUUCUAUCCCACCUCCUCCUUCCCCAUCCUUAUAUGGUAAUCCUGCUCUGACCCCACCCUGCUCCUGCAUCCUCUCUUCAACAGCUGGAUGGGACAGUUACUAUGGCAAUGCUUACCCCUCCUGGGUACCUGGCAAACCGGUUCCAGAACAGCGCGAGUGUGUUUGCUGCGGGACGAGCAGCGCCUCCCUGUGGAGAAGAGACGCCACUGGUCGUUACCUGUGCCACACCUGUAGCCUUCAACAUAAACCCAACAACAGACCAGUGCUGAGGCCAAAGAGGAGAGCGACUGUGACUCGGAGAGCAGGGACUCAGUGUGUGAACUGUGAGACAGUAACCACCACCCUGUGGAGGAGAAACGCUGCAGGUCAACCCGUCUGCAACGCCUGCGGACUCUACUACAAACUGCACCGGGUCAACCGGCCAUUAACGAUGAAGAGAGAAGAAAUCCAAACCAGAAAUCGCAAAGUGACCAAUAAGAACAAGAAGCGCAUAAGCGGUGCCAAAUCAGAGACGGAGUGGUGUUGGCUGGCCUCUCCCACCGACGAGGCCAUCCUUCAUUCCUUCACACACCUGCCUCCUACUCCUCUUUGCAGCUGGCCUCGCUCUGCUGGACAUGACCAGUCUCACUGGGAGUCGCCUGCUGGAACCAUUUCUUGUCCGCGCGCAGAAUCACGCGCCACACUGCGACCGGAGCGCAGCGCAGAAGUGCGGGGCGGAGGAAUACACGGUUGUUGAUCAGGAGCCAGUUACAGUGUAUUAAUGGCAUGUGUCUAGAAACGUCACUGCUGCUGAAAACUGUUUUCGUCCUGUGUGUGAAUGUCUUGGACCUUUUAUUUCUGCAGACUCUGGUUCAGAACUAUUACACCUUAACCUUUCGUGAACCGCCAGGCUGUAACUGUCCCUGACACUACUUCAGCAGUCAGCUGUUCUCAUGUGCAGUCCCUGUGUAAAGAUGCUUGGUCAUGAUUUUUUCAAAUUUGUUUUUUCUGCAGUUUUUCCUUUUUUUAAAUGCUUAAUGCUUUUGGGAGUGAACUCACUGUUUUACACUUCUUUAUUGUUCCCUCUCUCCUUCCUUCACUUAGAGGAUUUAGACCUGUUUGUUUAUAUUUGUUAUGGAGGAAUUAAUAUCUCAUUGGAUUUUUUAUAAAAUUAUUUCUCUGCAUAAUUUGUGUUGAUUUGUCUCUACACAGAUCUACAAUUUAAUAAAAAGUUGUUUA